AUGAUUGUGCUGGGCUGGAUGCUUUUUGUCGGACUUGCAUGUUACAUGGGCACAUUUCCAGAGCUGAUGCCUCCCACUCUAAGGUGGAAAGAGAAGAUGUCUGUCCUGGAGAGCAAGACUGAAGGGAGGAGACAGGCACUGGAGGAGGAGCUGCUGCUGUGA